GAUGCGGGAGGCGCAGGUCCAAUGUUUACGUUUUUAAUAUGUUCAUGCUGCCCGGAUGAAAUGAAAUGGGACUGGAGAGCUAAUUUACAGUCAAAGUCAUCUAUCACCGCCUUAACUCUGCAGAGUCAGUCACCUUGAAGCAGUCCACCCAGAGACGACACAAUGGGGAACACAAGCAGCGAGAGGGCUGCGAUGGGCCACGGGGAGAAGGCCCAGAGGAGGGAUAGCAGGGGCACCAAGGAUGGCGAAAGACCCAAAAUUCUUAUGGACAGCCCUGAAGAUGCAGAUAUUUUUCACGGCGAAGACAUGAAAGCUCCGUUAGAAAAAGAAGAGUUCCUUGCAUGGAGGCAAGAUUUAGAAGUGGAAGACAAAGACCCAACUUUAGACCGACCAACUGUCUUUCGCUGGAAAGGCCAUGGCAAAGAGGUCUACCUCUCUGGAUCCUUCAACAACUGGUCCAAUAAGAUUCCCCUCAUUCGAAGUCAAAACACCUUUGUGACCAUUGUGGAGCUACCCGAAGGGGAACAUCAGUACAAGUUUUACGUAGACGGGCAGUGGACUCAUGACCCAGCUGAGCCUGUUGUAACCAGUCAGCUGGGCACAGUCAAUAACAUCAUCCAGGUGAAGAAAACAGACUUUGAGGUGUUUGACGCUCUCAUGGUGGACUCGCAAAAGUGUUCAGACAUGUCAGACCUCUCCAGCUCUCCCCCUGGGCCGUAUCACCAGGAUGCGUAUGUUCCAAAGCAAGAGGAAAAGUUCAAGUCUCCACCCAUACUUCCUCCUCAUCUGCUCCAGGUCAUCCUCAAUAAAGACACUGGAAUAUCUUGUGAUCCUGCACUCCUGCCAGAACCAAACCAUGUCAUGCUCAACCACCUCUACGCUCUCUCCAUUAAGGAUGGCGUGAUGGUGCUAAGCGCGACACAUCGCUACAAGAAGAAGUACGUCACUACCUUACUUUAUAAACCCAUCUGACGGAAGACCUUGCCAGUAUUAACUGUGAACCAAUGUGAAGUUAAGUAGCAAUACUAGUUCACCGAAGGAAGGAUAAACCUAUCUCCUGUUUAAACUAUAGUAUAUUGAGAAAAGAAAUUGCUAUCUUUUUUAAUACAUUAAUUUGUUAACUCCGUUGACUUAAGGAGUCUUGUAUACAAGAUUACUUGAGCAAAAUGGUAUGAACAAAAUGAUGAAACCUGCGAUUCAUAUGACGUUCUGGAUUAGUUGUGUAGAAACACUUUAUAGGACAGUGUUGUCAAAGUAUCCAUGUAAACAUGUUGUGAGAUUGAGUCACUUGACUUUGCACAAACCUUUUAACCUUUAGUAUGGAUCAUUACUAUUUCAUAUGAAUAAUUAUUGUUGAUAACACGUACCACUUAAAUUAUGUCUGCUUUUUAAGCAUAUAAUGCCACAUUCUCAAUGCUUUCCACCCAACAAAAACAAAAAACAAAAAAAAAAACACUCAGCUACCCUGACAACAAACCUUUUUUUUAAUAGCCUUUAUCGUUGCAUAAAAAACCCGAGGACGAUAUAGUAAUAUUAGACAGACUAAUUAACACCAUUGUUGUGUGAUGUCAGAUUAUUGCAUCUGUGAUGUCGGGGUACAUAAAUGUUUUGAGUCUACACUCUGCAUUUAAGAUGCAUUCCAAUGCACUUUUCCGAGUGGGCGGUUACAAAUUUGUGACUUCCCAGAAUGUAGCAAUCGGGAUGUUGAAGGUCAUUACAUGUUACAUGUAAUCAAAACAAACAUAAACCUGUUGAACAUGAGGCCCAUUUUACCCCCCCAGAAAUCUUAAUGUAUUGUCUGGAGAACAGAAAGACUGUGAUGUCGAAGUCAUUGAAGGCAACAAUGCCCUGUGGUAGUUGUCUACUGUUAUAAUUCCUUUUUCCACUUUAUCUGGUGUAAUGUGACGGUCACCCAGCACACUUUAUUAUGAAAUAUAUUAUGUUUUAUUUAUUUUAUUUAGGUUGCCAAUGUGAUUAGUUAGUUAUUUUACAUAGCACUGACAUUUGUAUUAUUUUGCAUGGCAAUGACCAACAUCAAAUGUAGAAUGUGUGUAUUGUGAAGUCAUGAGAAUUCUGUCGAAAUUUAAUGCAUUGUAAUUAGGAGAAAACAUGUUUUGGUUUUGCCAUUUUGCCCCAAUGCCCUUGAAAUGUUGGCAAUAUAUGGCAUUUUUUUGAAAUAGUUUUUUUUUUUCCUUCUCCAACAGUGUUGCUUUUGUCUUCUGACCAGGCCAGCUGAUUGGACAAGUAGUCAAUAUAAGCUGUUCUGGUCGAUUAAAUGAUGUCUCAGAUAAAUUCUUAUUAUUUAUGGUAAAGUUUAAUUUUCAAAGUUAGUAAAGUUUCAUUUUCAAAGUUUCACAUCCCAAAAACAUGCAUAAAUUGGAGACUAUAAAUUGCCCGUAGGUGUGACUCUGAGUGCAAAUGGGUGUUUGUUUGUAUGUGCCCUGCGAUUGGCUGGUACCCCGCCUCCUGCCCGAUGACAGCUGGGAUAGGCUCCAGCACGCCUGCGACCCGAGUGAGGAAAAGCGGCUCAGAAAAUGGAUGGAAGGAUGGAAAUAUGAUCAUGAUUAGAAAGCAUCUGAUUUGUGAAUCAUUAUCAUAAAUGUGAUCAUUUUACUUAUGGUUAUUUAUUUACAUAUUUAUUUGUGUUCUACUCUCUGGGCCAUUAAGCAAUCAUUCUAAUGAUUCAUUAGAAUAUAAGAUUCAAAUUUGUUCUGUACAAUUCAAAUUGUUGCAGAGUUUUUGAACCCUGCUUCCAUUGUCACGCCUUUGAUUAAAGAUUAACAUAUCAAA